GCUCAGGGGUUGGGCCGUGACUCACUUUAUCAGGAAGUGUGUGCGUGCUCAUAGGACUCCCCUCCCCUGCAAAAUCUCUUCCUCUCUUUCUCCAAACUCCGAAAAGUCUUCACAAGCCGAAACUACUGCAAGAAUGCUCCCUUUCCAGGCAGCUCCAGGUCAGUUUGGUCCAGAGGUGAGGGAGCCAGGGCUGCACUGCUUUCGGGUGGAGAAGUUGAAGGCUGUUCCAUUGGAGCCUUCUGAGGUGGGAGCUUUCUUUAAUGGAGACUCCUAUCUGGUGCUGGAGCACAGGGGCGAUCAGGGAGUGGACCUACACAUGUGGAUAGGAAAGAAGUCAUCUCGUGAUGAGCAGGUUGCGUGUGCCAUGCUUGCCACCCAGCUGGAUAACUUUCUGGGUGGAGAGCCAGUCCAGCACCGGCAUGUCCAGGGCUACGAGUCGCCUGAGUUCAUGAAGCUCUUCCCCAGGGGGAUCAGCUAUAAGGAGGGUGGAGUGGAGUCUGGCUUUAGGAGACCACAGAGUGGUUCUGGUCCAGUUCAAAGGUUGUAUCACAUCAAAGGGAAGAAGAACAUCAGAGCUAAGGAGGUGACACUGAACUGGGACAGCUUCAACCAGGGGGACUGCUUCAUCCUCGAUCUAGGAGAGACAAUCGUGUCCUGGGUGGGCUCUCAGGCCAACAUCUUUGAGAAGCAGAAGGUGCGAGAGAUCGCCACCCUGAUCAGAGACACAGAGAGACACGGCAAAGCCCAGAUCACUCACAUCAGUGAGGGAGAGGAGACACCGGAAAUGCUGAAGGUGCUUGGUCCAUUGCCAGAGCUUAAAGAGAGCUCUCCAGAGGACGACAGCCAAGCAGAUGUAUCUAACGCUGCAUCUUUGUACAAGGUUUCAGAUGCUACAGGCUCAAUGAAGCUGACCAAAGUCUCAGAGAAAACUCCUUUUGCCAAGGACCUACUUGUACGUGAUGACUGCUUCAUCUUAGACAAUGGAGCCAAUGGCAAGAUCUUCGUUUGGAAAGGCAGUGGAGCAAAUGCAGACGAAAAGAAGGAAGCUCUUAAGAUGGCAGAUGAUUUCAUACAAAAAAUGAACUACCCCAGGAUGAAAACUCAGGUGGAGAUCCUACCACAGGGCCGAGAGACGGUCAUCUUCAAGCAGUUCUUCCAAAACUGGAAUUAAAAAAUUUUAAUUGCACAGUCAGUAGAAAAGAAAGAUCUGUUUUUAUCAUAAUGUCACAGUGAUGCAGUAUUUUAUUAUCUAAACCCACCAUUUCAUUCUCACAAAGUACAAAGAUGUAUGUCUUUAAGAAAAAACAGCAAAGAGCCAUGAGUAAUCAUAUGUUAGCAUAGCUAACAUAGUUAACAGGCUGUUUGAACUACCCAAGGACCAGUUUUUUCUCCUUUCUGCAUGACCAAACCCAAAUCAGUCGCAUUAAACUCAAAUCCUAAAGCAACUGCCACUCUUAGUGAUGAGAAUGAUCUGUGUUAUUUACCAGUGUUCAGGCCAACAUGACAUUUAACAAAGCUUAUGGACAGUUCUGUUUUUUACUCAUUUUGUUUGUUAAUAAUCAGUUUACUGUUCUAAGAGCAAAAAAAAAACAAAUAAAAAUCAUAAUGACACAAGAAA